AUGAGCGUCCCAGGCCGACCAGAUGGUGGCAGAUCCGCGCCCCGCUCCUCCGAGGCCUGGCCGGGGCCCGGGGCUUUGUCCGGUCCCGGGCAGCCGACCCCGAGUCUGCUCCUGCGGUCGGCGGAGCGCUACCAGAGAACCCCGAAGUGCGCUCGCUGCAGGAACCACGGGGUGGUGUCGGCGCUCAAGGGCCACAAGCGUUACUGCCGGUGGCGGGAUUGCGUGUGCGCCAAGUGCACCCUCAUUGCUGAGCGACAGCGCGUGAUGGCCGCCCAGGUGGCCCUUCGCCGCCAACAGGCCCAGGAGGAGAACGAGGCUCGGGAGCUGGGGCUGCUCUACGGGUGUCACGAAGGCCUACUGGCCAUGCACCGGGCCGGGUUCACUUUCUCGGCCGCCAUGGCCCACAUGUUAGGCGGGAGGAGGCCACAGGGAGAAGCGGCCUCCGCAACAGCCUCCUCGACGGUGCCACCAGAAGAAAGACGAGAAGACGGUAAUUUACAGACCGUAGCAGAUUGGAAAAGAUCUCGUUUGUCUCCCACCGAGACUUCCGGCAGUCCCAAGAGCUCCCGGCGCAGGCCCGACGGCGAGGAAGCUACCACCGACUCCGAACCUUACGAAGACGACGACCGAGCAUCGAAAGAGCCAGAAUCCUCAUCUCCGCCACCACCCGCUACAGACAUCCGAAAACCAGAAUGGCCACCACAAGAACCUCUCGACCUCCACCACCGGAACGGAGCACCCUCUCCAGAAGGCAGCCCGACUCCCACAGGUACCGACCUUCGAAAUUUUGAUCUCCACAAGAAGAAAUCGCCCAUCGACAUCUUAGCCAGAGUCUUUCCGAGGGAAAACAGAAGCAUCCUCAAUGUUGUCCUGCAAAGAAAUGGAGGGGAUGUCCUCCAGGCCAUCGAUGAUCUCCUCAGUACCAAAGAACCAGAUGCAGAGAAGACAGUCACCGAGACGUCGUCUGAUGCGGCCAGUCCCAGCGCUUCGCCACUGUCUCGGAUACCAAGUCCCCGACAACCCAACAGCCUGGGUGAGCCCGCUCCGCCUAUGGCAGGAUUUUCAAGCCCCCACAAUUUCUUCUCGUCAGCACCAGCAUCUACGAUAGCAAUGGGGGCAUUACCCUUCCGGCGACCUUACUCGUCAAGUCCCGGCUCAAGAGGAUUGUUGGCAGUCCCAACGUAUUCCGGAUUUUUUCCUGGAAUCACACCGACAUUCACUCCUGGAUAUCCCAACUUUUUCGGGACAACUUUGACGAAUACCACGUCUACGACGCCAGAAGAUAAUAAGAAGAAAGUUGGGGAUUGUUGGCCAGCUUGUGGUAACCCAUCACCACAGGAUCUUUCGUCGCCUGAUACCAAAAGUCCCAAUGGCUACACAGACUGAUUUGACUCAUUCUAAGAGUUUUCAUUUCUAUAACUCUCGAAAUGAAUACAGACUGAACAGAUUAAAUUCGGAGGACUUUUUUUUAACACGUUAAACUCCAGUGGCUUCUUAGACUGAAAUGACUUAUUCAAAAGACUUGAGUGAUAAUAAAAAGACCAUAUAAGUACACAUACUUAAGAUUGUAUACAAAAACUUUGACAAGCAUACAAUUUCAGUGAUGUAAGGUUUUAACUCUGGAAUGAAUACGUCACAAUUACAAUUCUUUAAUAGAAAUAUUUUGAUUCCUGCUUUGAAAUUAAUCCAUUUUGAACAUGUUGGUAUGUUUUAUGACUACAAGAAUUAUAAAAAAAAAACAAUUUUUAUUUAAUAGUACAUACAAGACUUAGAUAAAUCCUGUUCUCAAUAAAUUUUAGCAGUUUGUUAUUUGC